AAAAUUAAAAAAAAAUAUUGGCCAUUUUUCGCUGGCAGCUACCGUUAUGCAGACCGCAAGCCUAAGGGGUGAGAAGGCAACCAAAACCGACCUGCGUUAGUAAUAAAAUUAAAGACAGAGAUGCAUUUGAACUUUAAUUAAUAAUUGUUUAUGUAAAAGAAAAUUGAAGACAGGAUCAAAAGGAUGAAGGUGAGUGCUUCAGUCUAAAACUGAACGUUGAACCCCCGGUGUGUUCUCUUCACGGAGAGGCGCUGCACUCUCCACAGCGUGCAACUGUGACAACUGGGAGAGCUGCAUGCAGUAGCUACAGGUAGAAUGUCAUCGAAGAGAAAUUUGAGAAGCAAAAAUUCUACCAUGGGAUCUUCAAACAUAUUCAAGGCCACUGACCAUAAAGGCAAUCUUGCAUCAAGCAGCAGUACUCAGACAUCUGCCAACCUAAACCACACAAUGGUAGAUGAGGAAUGCUCUAGUGAAGACAAAAACCUGAGGCGACUAAAAAACCGUGAGGCAGCAAAACGAUGUCGUGAUAAGAAGCUGCAUUUGACAGAGGAACUUCAGAAGAAAAAUCAGGAGCUGCAAGAUGACAACAGAAGGCUUGCAGACGAGAAAAUGAAGUUGAUCAAAAAAUGCAAGCGCUACAAGAAGGAAAUUGAGGAACACAAGCGCCAAGGCUGUGUUGUGGAGCAAAGAAAUACAGUCGCUGAUUUGGAUAAAUUCAUGGAUGCCUUGCUUCAGAUGCCUUCAGAGGAAUAUACUUCUAGCUCUUCUAUCAGUUUAAGCUCUGAAGACAGCACUGGGUCUGAAUCCAUGAGCCCAUUGCCAACGGCAAGUUCUUCCAUUUUGGCUGGAAAUGGAAAUGAAUCUCUUACUGCAUUAACAGGGCAGGUUUCAGGAAAUAAAACAAUAGCCUCAAAUCAGUGUUUCGAUUUUGGAGUUUCAGAUAGUCCUUAUAACAUGAAAUCUGUUAGUCCCAACGCAGAAGAUCUACCACAAAAACUUUCCUCUAAGGACCCAGAUAUUCAUUACAUCACGGUUCGAACAAAGGAUGGAUCCAUUAAACAUUUGGCUAUAAGGCGUGCCCAGUAUGCUGAACUGAUGAAUCAGAUUGCUGCCAACAAGCACCCACACCAACAAGGAGUGGAUAUCUGCAGACCAGAAGUAAUUACAACAUCUCCAUCAAGUUACUAUACCAGAACCAUGCUGACAAAUGCUACUGUGCCACAUCACAACAGUGUAUCCCAGUUGCCUCAAGUAUUUCAUCCUCAGCACCGUGAAAAUGUGAACAUGACUCAGGCUGCUGUGUUGCUGGAAGGGGGCAUGACUCAUGCUUUCCAAGGACAAACUUUUAGCAACCUGGAGUUGGCUUCUGUCAUACAUGAGAGUAGUGAAGGAAGUCAGAAUGUAGUCGACUGUGAUAUUACUUUUCUUCUAUAAGACUGCAGUAAGGUGUGACAUUUUUCAGAUAACUUUUUCCAGCAUGCUUCCAGAUGACACUGGCACUGAAACAGUUAGCACUGAGUAAUCUUCUCCAAGUUUUAAAGAUUGAAGAUAGUUGCCAGCUAUGCAUGAUUCCAGUUGAGGAAACAAGCAUCUUUACCUUUGAUUUUUUGGAAGUAGUCUUAAAAAUUUUGAUACACUCUUUAAGAGUUGAAACAUUAGAACAUUCAUGGAAUUUUCAGGUUUUGGCUUACUGUUGCACCAUAUGCCAGUGGUGUAUCAUGUCCCCUAAUGCAGCGGUUCUCAACCUGUGGGGCGCGCCCCCCUGGGGUGGGCGUGACGUGCUUAAAAAGGGGGUGCGAAGGUGGUCAUUUUUUUAGUUUCUUAAACCGGUAUUAAUAAAAUUAGCUUACAUUGCUGGCUAAGGGGGGCGCGCGGAUGUACCUUUGUUCGUCAGGGGGGCAUCACUAGUAAAAGGUUGAGAACCGCUGCCCUAAUGUAUGAAAUCAGAUUUACUACCUCUGAUUCAAAGACACUUAUUGGUCUUUUUAACACCAGCCGGUAAGUAUGGGAUUACAUCUUUGUAAUGUUAUGUUUGAAUCUUGGUCAGUCGACCCAUGUUUUUGCAUUUUCUAUCAGGUCGACUACUUUAUAGCAGUUCACACCUUAGAUAAAUCUGGCAGUGGCCCAGUUUAGGUAGGUCUGAUGUCUGCAAGUGUUGUUUCGCAAAUAGACCGUCAAGCAGUGUAGUAUGACUUAACCCAACAUUGUUUGGUGACUUGGGAUCAGUGUUCCCAGCUUCAGGCGAAGAGACCUGCCUCUACGUAAAAAGCAUUUAUACCUUUAUUUAAUUUAUCCCAUUGUUCAUUCUCAUUUUGUACAUAGCAUUGAAAAUGUCUUCUUCAUUUUCACUGUAAUUUGGCUCAUCUUUAUACCAAGCAUGAAAGGCUAACAACAAUCAUCAUCUUAAUUUUAAAACACAUAACAUGUAGUGUGCUGUUGCAAGCUGUAUAAGAGGAUGAUGUCAGGUUUAAGCAAUAUUUGAAACAUAACCAUCAACCUUUAGUGUUGAAUACAUAGUUGUUAAUAAAAACCAUUUUAGGUUUCUGUUGACAGUUGUAGACUUUAGUUCUAUUUAAUGAAAAAAAUGUGACUUUUAUUUCAAUUAUAAUUUUUUUUCUUUACCUGCCAGUAAUACACCAGAAAACAAAUGAGAGGAAUAUCAUCAUGUACAAACAUAGACUACAGCCUAAACAUGUGCUGGUCAUUCUGUUGAUUAGUAGUGUUCAAUUAGGAACGAAGUUUAUCGCAAGGACACAGUUUAGCCAAUUGUAUCUAGGUACUUAGUACAGGUAAUUACAGGUAUGAAUAUGGGAAUGUAUUAUGUUGCCAUUGCAAUGGCUGCAUGUGAACUCUGUUACAGGACCGUUAUCUAGCUUGUCAAGACCAGUUAUGAAGUACGUAGCUGCUUUCUGCGAAUCAAACAUGAGACCUAAUUUUGCUUAUAGAAAAUGAACUCAUCUUGCAACAGUAGAUUUUUUUUAAAAAGUAGUUUUAUAAGUUCAAACAUUUUUCAUUGGUUUAGUGACUGUUUCCUGAUAUUUGAUGUUCUGUCCCAGUAAAAAUACCACAGUGGUUGAAUAUGUCAUGGUUUUAUUUACAAAAAGGAACAUUACCUUUGCCUCUUUAAUGACAUUCUCUCCCACCUGCACUUUAUGUAAUUUAAAAAUAGCUACACUGGGUACAAAUAGAAAUUAUAGCUUAUUUUCUCCUUGGUAUUGAGUUGUGUCCCUUAGUUUAUUUCUUCUUGUAAAAAUUCUUUUAGGGUGGAAAUUACAGAUGUUUUCUAGUGAGUGGAACAUGUGAUGCUACCUGUACUGCCAAUAUGCUAAGCGGCCUAUUGUGCAGGACAGGUGAUUCAUGAGCUUCCAUAUUUCUAAGAAAGGUCUGACCUUCAUUCUCAACAAAAGGCCAAUUGUUGAUUAACAUAUAGUCAUCCUAGCAUUAUUCUUUGGAACCAGAUCACAACUGGUUUGUAAUUCUGACCCUUUUUUUUUAAGGUAGUACCUGUACCUUCUUUUCAGAAUGUGUGUGUAGGGGUGGAAUUCCAAUGUAAUGUUGGGUUCACUUAAUGUAACAUCCAUUCACAAUUAACAUUGACGUGAAGAGGCAUCACUGUCUGGAAGUACAGUCCCCCCUUUUUUUUCAGAGUACUGUAGCAUAAUUUCUUGGAUCUGUUUGCAUAGUCCAGAAAAUGUGCUGCUGUCAAUCUUCUCUCUGUUGUAGGUGCACAAGGUAAAGUGGUUGAGCAUGUUGAGGUACAGUGUCUGCAUAAGCAGUAGCUAUUAAUCUGUAAAUGCAUAUACUUUUGGGGAUUUGCAUGAAAACAUAUGCAAACAUUUGAAUAUACAAGUGGACACACGCAUAUGAAUGCAUACUGCUGUUGGUGAAGAAACACUUUGUUGAAAACUUUAUUUUCAUUAUUUAUUCAUUUUCUACUUUUUGUUUUUAUUGAUUUAUUCAAAGAUUUUCAGAAAGAGGAUAAUAAUGGAAAAGAAGAAAACACAAUUCAAAUUUGAAUUUAAACCCCAUAAACCUUCUUCAUUGAAAAGUACUUUGCUCAGUGUGAACUUAUAUGUUGCAGCUUGCAUGCGGCUGUGUGCAGCUGCAGCUGCAUCAGCAUAUUUGCCUGUUUGAGGUGGGGUGUGGAUGGAGAUAAAUAACAUAGGUACUAGUGUUACACAGAGGAUAUGAUUUUUCUUUUAAAGUACUACUAUUUAGUUCUGGCUUUACACAAUUUUAUCAAGAAACAUAUUUUGUGCAUUCUGAUUGAUUCUUUGGACAUGCACAAACUUCAGCCACAGCACAGAUCUAUUGUAGAUGUUCUGCAAGAGGUACAUGAUCAUGCACUGAUCAUCAUGCCAAGUUUCAUGUGCUGAAAAUUACAGUACUGUAAGUGUGAAAUGAUAGGCAUAGAAACAAAGUAGAAUAGAUUUAGUUUCAGUUUAACUUUUGAGUGACUUUGAUAACUCUUCUGAUUAUCUCAGUGUUCUCAUAUUUACGUUUAUUCCAGAAGUAAAAAAUAAAUUCUUUUUGCUACAAAAAUAGUUAAAAUUUUUUUAGCAUUCCCUUGGCAUUCUUUGGCAAUACAUAAACAAACACUUGCAGGGAUACUUUUUUUUUUUUUACCUGUUAUAUAUGAUCCUAACUUUUCAGGUGAUUUAUUAACUCUAUAGAAGUAUUGUCUGGUAUAUUAAACAGCUGAUGUUGAUGUUGAAAUAAUGAAGGGUGUAAGUGAGGUGAGACUGAUUCAGUGGAUAUAUAAUUUAAAGCUGUUUUCAAACUGGAUAGUGUUUAUUGUGCAGAGCAUUGAGUGUAGUUUCCAGCUGGCUUCAUAUAAUUCAGUCUUAGCAGUCCUUGCCAACUGCAGACAAGAUCAUGUUGAUUUUUGACUUAUUUAACAAGUGUUAAAUUUAAGAUGCCUACCUUUUUGCUGUGUCUUUUAUGUAACCUUGUUUUGGUGUUGUGCUGGAAAAUUUGAUGCAACAUCACACCAGGUAUGUAUAUUGGACAAAUCCUUGCAUGCACACAUAGAUGGCACAUGAUAUUCUGAAGCAGGAAGCAAGAGCUAAUUUAGCACGUUAUGCCUUUGGUAGGAAUUUCUUUAAAAAGAAAUUAAAGCCAGUAAGUACAUGAAAUAAAUUGAAUUUGUAUAUAACAGUUGUUACUCUAGUUUAUGCUUUAACGAGUGCUUAAUUUGGAGGGAAAGGGCACUAAUUUCCAAGGAAGUAUUACAAGCUAGUUUGGUCUGCUGCUUUAACUCAACAGUUUGGUGAAGCACAAAUAGUUGAAAACAAAAAUUUACUGGGAAGACAUGAAGGAAAUUCUGAGCUAUAAGGCGUUAAUUGCUCUUUGAUUUCAUUUGCGAGAUCUCUGAUUUUACACAAGUAGUGGCUAAAUAAGUGAUAGAAUGCAUGGAUAGCAAAAUAUGGGAACACCAUAAUCUGUGAAUGUAUAAAUACAGCUGUUAGAAAGACAUAAGUUCAAUAUUUUAAUAAAAAUAUUUUCUUUUUUACCAUUGCUGCCCUUAUUUGCUUUUCUUAUGAAUUGCUUGUAGGGAAGGAAAAAGUACAUUGCAUUUUACAAAUUUCUGAAUAACUAUAGUUGAAGGUAUUUUGUGUGGGAACUUAAAUGCUUAUGCCAAAGCUUUUAACUGAAAAAUGAAUUAAAUAGAAAACUUAGAAAGUUUCAAUGACGUAAGUUUCAGUGGAUGAAUAUUUCUCCAUCUUUAUAAUGUCAUUACUAGUUGUGAAGCAAGAACAAGUGUUCCAAAUGCAGUAUCACGCUCAGGUAAUAAAGCUACAAUUUAUGUAACAAAUGAGCUAAAAUCAUGGUGAAAUUGUACAAUUUCUAUUGUAAAUAAGGGUUUUAGAGAGCACUUCAAAACGCCAAUAUUAUUGUACAGUUUUUCCAUCAGUAGUGUACAGGUACUUAUUUCCUGUACAUAUAAGAUCAACUUUCAAUCUUGCAGGGAGCAGAGUUAUCACUAGCUCCUGCCUGCACUUUUCAUGGUUAAUAUCAUGAAUGUAUGUCGACAUUUAAGUCAGGGGUUGCGAUAUGUUCAUCCGAUAAAUAAACAAAAUACCAGCUACUGUAUACCAUGUUUAUAGUGUAUUAGUUUUGUUUAAUUAGUUUGAAUACACAGUUUCAAGGAUCCCAAUUCAUUAGUCAUAUACAGGUGUCUGUAUCACCUGGUACACGAGUGACUCGAGGAGUUUGUAACUUAAUCAUGCUAUUGAGUAUGGUUGACAUGCACACUGUUCAUUGAUACAAUAGUCAGUAUCAAGCAGUAUAACAAAAGAAAAAAGAUGUUCUAUGCAUUAAAGUUAAAAACUUUAAAUAAAUUUUAUCAUAUCUUCACAGAUGAAAUUUGUUAUGAAAUUUUAGGCAGGUUUUUCUUGUGGUUUCUGGUGGUGUAAGGAUGGGUACAUUGUGAUCGACAUCUUUUCCUCUUUAUAAGGAUAUUUGUUUACCAUGCCAAACAAAAGGUUGUCAAGCAUCAAUAUAAUUUAGCAUGUUAUUAAAUCUACUGUGCUUCUUGUCACUGACCAGUAAUGAAUAUAUAAUAUAUACUAAA